AAAUUAAUUCUUUGACUUUAUCGGCUGCAGUGCCUGAUGGAGAAGUGAUUCUCAGACUCUGGGUCGCAACCCCGCUGGCAAACCUUUAUCUCCAAAAAUAUUUUCAUUGCGAUUUAUAAAUAGUACCAAAAUUGCAGUUAUGAAAUAGCAACGAAAAUUAUUUUAUGGUUGGGGAUCACUACAACACGAGAAAUGGACUAGAGGAUCGCAUCCUUAGGAGGGCUGAGACCUAUUAUAGAGCGCGCAUUAAGAGCCACUCGGCUGCCUUCUCCACCACUGUGCGCUCCUUGGGGGGUCUACGUGGCUAAGUUCUCGGAUGGGGGAAAUGAGUAGAGGCACAGCUCCGGUGCUCAAGGAACUCACCACCGCAAAGGGCAGGAAAUAAGCAGUAAUAGAGCUGAUUAAUUACAAGGGAGGGGGGCUUCAGUGUGGGUGUGUUCCUCAGAGCGACAGGCGAGGACAAACAAGAAAGCCCAGUGAGAUACAGACAUGGUCUGGCCCGGCUCCUGACCUCUGUCUGAAUCCCUCUGUCUUGGUCUCUGAGGUUAUCUCUUUAUCUUUAUUUUGUUAUUUUACUCAUUUAUUUUUAAGCAGAGAAAAUGUAGAUUUUUUUUAAAGAUUUAUUUAUUAUGUAUACAGUAUUCUCAGUAUUCUGUCUACAGGCCAGAAGAGGGCACCAGAUCUCAUUACAGAUGGUUGUAAGCCACCACGUGGUUGCUGGGAAUUGAACUCAGGACCUUUGAAGAGCAGGCAGUGCUCUUAACCACUGAGGCAUCUCUCCAGCCCCCAAAAUGUAGAUUUUUUUUAAAGGAAAAAUGAGGAAAGAACUUCCAAGAGUAGAAGAGGUCUCCAAAGCAAAAAAAUGCUGUUUUUCCCCUUUGUGUUUAUUAGAUGUUAUUAUUAUGUGCCUGUAUGUAUGUGUGAGAGAGUGUGUGUCACAGCACACAUGUUGUAAGAAGACAGUCCUGUGGGGUUGCUUCCUCUUUGCCCCUUUCUGUGGGUUCCAGGACCAAAUUCCUGUGUCAGGAUUCACAGUGAGCACUUCACUCGGAGCCAUCUCACCAAACCCAUUUUAUUCUUUUUUUAAAAAAUUAUUUAUUAUGUAUACAAUAUUCUGUCUGUGUGUAUGCCUGCAGGCCCGAAGAGGGCACCAGAUCUCAUUGCAGAUGGUUGUGAGCCACCAUGUGGUUGCUGGGAAUUGAACACAGGACCUUGGGAAGAGCAAGCAAUGCUCUUAAUCUCUGAGCCAUCUCUCCAGCCCCACUUUAUUCUUUUUUUGUGUUGCUUUUUGUUUGUUUGUUUGUUUGCUUUGCUUUGCUUUUUCAAGACAGAGUUUCUCUGUAGCUUUGGAGCCUGUCCUGGAACUCAGUAGAUUAGGCUGGGCUCGAACUCACAGAGAUCCUGCCUCUGCCUCCCGAUUACAGCUGUUUGCCAGCACUUUAUUCUUUGAGAGAAGUUCUUAUGCAUUCCAGGCUGACCUCCAACUGACUGCGUAGCUAAGGAUGACCUUAAACUUCUGCUCCUCUUCCCUUACCUGAGUGCUGAGAUUACAGGCCUGUGGGACCAUGCCGGAGAUCAAACCCAAGGCUUCAUGCACAAACGGGGGUGAGCGUUCUACCAGUUGCUUCCCAUCUCCAGCCCACCAACCCCCUUUUUAACUGAACAACAGAUCAGACAGGCUGCUUUUACUUAAAGUGUAUGGCGGCCCUUGCCCUAGGCGGUGCAGUCCCUGUGUGGCUGAGCGAGGAGGACCUGAGCUGCAUUAUCUGCCGAGAGUUGCUGGACUGGCCCACCACGCUGCCCUGCGGCCACAGCUUCUGCUACCAGUGCCUCGAUGACUUGUGGGUCAAGCAGCGCGCCGGCGUGGGUGGCCGCCCCUGGGCCUGCCCUACCUGCCGGGAGGCCCCGGAGGCGAAGCCCACGCUGCGCAAGAACCCGCUGCUGCAGGACCUGGCGGACAAGUACCGCCACGCGGCGCUCGAGCUCGAGCCUGGCCCCGAAACCGCGCCCGCGCCCGUUCCGCCGCGUCGCCCCGCGCCGCCUCCGGUGACAGUGCAGAAAAGCACCACGGAAGAAGUCAUCCAGAAGCUGACAGAACUGGUGCGACAGCUCGUGGAUGUUGUCAGGAGCCUUCCAACGCAGAGUCCUCUGUCAGGAUCUGGACCGGACAAUGAACGAGGCUUCCUGGGCAUGGCUUCUUCCUCUGAGCAGGAACAUUCCUUGAGUUCUCCAAAGGCAGUAGCGUCCAGUGCAUCCGAGAGGAAAAUUCGAGAGAUUCUUCAUAACUUACAAGAGAUUCAAGAAAAACUGCAAGGCGGAGUCACAUGGAAAGAAGCUCCUGGAGAACAAGUUCUGGAAAUGCCAUCUUCUUCCUUAUGUCUGCCGCCUGCCCAAAGAUGUCCUGUACCCAGGAGAGCUUCUCAGUUUGCCCUACGGGCCAUCAGUCCAACCUUUGACCUGAGGAGCCUCUCCUGUAACCUGGAGGUUUCCAACAGUUGCCGGACAGUGACUGUGUCGCGUUGUCCACAGCCCUAUUCUUGGGGUCCGGAGAGAUUUUUAAUUAGCCAAGUCUUAUGUUCCCAGGCCCUCUCUUCUGGCCAGAACUACUGGGAAGUGGACACUAGGAACUGCAACCACUGGGCUGUUGGGGUGGCUUCGUGGGGCAUGAAGCGGGACCAGAUGCUGGGAAGGACUAUGGACUCUUGGUGCAUAGAGUGGAAAGGGCCUGGCCAGUUCUCUGCUUGGGCUAUGGUGAAGAAAACCGACCUUCACUUGGGCCGCCCUGAGGUUGUGGGUGUGUGGCUGGACCUUGAGCUGGGGAAGCUGGCCUUCUACUCAGUCUCUGCUCAGGAGAGGCUUCUGUAUGAGUGUGAGGUCUCUGCCUCCUCCCCUCUGCAUCCUGCCUUCUGGCUGUAUGGGUUAAGUCCUGGGAACUACCUGGAAAUAAAGCAGGUAAACUCAUGAAGCUUCCCCAGGGCUUAGAACACGGGCUUCCCAGUCUCUCUGUUUAGAGGCAACUAGAGCUAGGAAACUGGAUAUGGAAGUACAUGUCUGUAACUCUAGCACAUGGGAAGCAGAGGCCAGAGGAUCACAGCAAGUUUGAGGCUAACCUGGUCAGCAAAAUCAAAGCUAGCUUGGACUACAUGGUAUGGCUCCACCCACUUUUGAAGUUAUUCAUUUUUGUGUGGGAUAAGAUUAAUUAAACGGGUUUGUGCUCUUUGAACCUUGGGCAUUUAAGAGAAAGAGCUGGCCUGGCCUGUCUCCUGAAGGUGACCUCUAAGGCCUUAGACUAGCUUGACUAAUAAGCGGGACUUUGGACGAUUCUGUCACUUAGGACUCAUCUGGGUCUGACUGUUGGUUCAGUCACCCUGUGGUCAACGAGUCGUGCUUACAGGACUGACCCACCCCUAAUUAAAAGCCCAGCCCCACAGCAUAGCUGGGUAAACACCACUAGCUAGCCUACCACUAGAUAAGUCCCCGAGUACCACUGUUGGGAGGACAGAGCACUGUCCAGUGACUUGUGAGAGGGAGGCUUCCUGGACCCUACCUUGUGUGCCUUAGCUAUUGUUCCAGUUGUUCUGUGGCCUUUCAGUGUAGUAAACCGAAAUCAUGAAUAUCACAGCUGUGCUGAGUACCGUUUGUUUUCAGAGUGAUACUGGAAGCAGACCAUUAAGGACACACACAAAAAAAGUACUAUAUGUUACUUAGCAAUUGCUGUGUAAUAAUAGUUCCAUGAAUAGUGCUUUAAAAUAACAUACAGGCUGCGGUGUAGCUUAGUGGUAGAGCCUUUACUCUGCACACACAAAGCCCUAAGUUCUGUUCUCAGCCUUUCUUGUUACCAGAACCAGGACUUGAUGGUGGAUUUGAACUUAAUGAUGGCUGUUACCCAGUGCAGUCACCUUGAAAUUUUUUUAAUAUUUGUUUUGUUUUUUGUUUUUGGGGUUUUUGUUUGUUUAUUUGAGACAGGGUCUCUAUAUGUAGCCCUGACUGUUCUGGAACUCACUCUGUAGACCAGGCUGGCCUCAGAACUCUAAGAGAUCCACCUGUCUCUGCCUCUUGAGCACUGGGAUUAAAGGUGUGCGGCACCACCACCUGGCUUCUUCAAUAUUUAUUAUCAGGUUCUCUUGAAAUCUCCAUAGUAACUCAACCAUAAAUGAAAAAUAUUUAGAAAACAGCCAGGCAUGAUGGAGCAGACUUUAAUCCCAGCAGGUAGAGGCAGGCAGGUCUCUGUGAGUUUGAGGCCAGCCUGGUCUACAGAGCGAGUUCUAGGACAGCCAGGACUGCCACACAGAGAAACUUUGUCUCAAAAAACAAUGACAAAAAACCUUUAGAAUAAAUCAUUCCUGUACUGACCAUCUGUGGACUUCUUGUUCUACAGAGUGAGAUACAGGAUAGUCAGGGCUACACAGAAAAUUCUGUCUAGAAAAAAAAGACAAAACAAAAAGUCUCUCCCUACAUAGCUAACUAACGAUUGUGCUGAGUGAUUUACCUUCAAGCCAAACCUAGCAGAGACUUUGUCCUCUAGGGACUGACCCUUGGUACCUAAAAGCACCAUUUUCAUCUUAAGGGAAAUAAGCGUUUAUUCUGGAGUCAUUUUGAAUGAUCAUAGCCUGGGAACAGAGAUUUAGGUUACCCUGAAUACUACAUGUUCCAAUGUGGAAGCAGUUUCAUGAAAGAGAAAGUCCUAAAUCAAGGUAAGUUUAAAAUACAUUGGUGGGAACACAGACGACACAGGUGUAAAGAGAUGAGGGAAGAUAUUCUAUGGGUCAGGAUGCUGUCUGAUGGCACUCUUAGCUUUUGGAUUGGUAGAAGCUAGUUGCCUGUAAACCGAUAGAUUCUAAAAGGCUUUUAUCUAUUAUCACAAGGUGUUAGUUCCCAUGGGGCGGGGUGAAAGGGCAAGGAAUGGCUGUUCUGGGAGCCAGAAGAUAAGUAGCCUCUGGACCUGCAAAAUUCCUAUCUCUCCACAGUACCGAAAUUCUAAUCAGCCAAUUGGUCUUGGCAGACACAGAUUGCUUUAAGGGGCUUUGCUUCUCAGGGCAUGUAGAGGACGUGGAUGCUUGAACACUGAAUCAAGAUCGUCUUUGCUGAAAGCUUAGAGAAUAUUUACCAGACACCAAAGCAUUGAACUUUUUUGCUCCAUGAAAACAGGCAUGGUAAGGAAAAGCAAUAAGCCUUCUUACAGAACAGCAGUGAAGAAGUGGGGCCCAUUGACUCCUGGUGGCACAGGACUACAAUCCUGGCUACUUGAGAGGCUGAGGCAGGAGGAUUGCACCUGUUUAGGUUACAUUGUGAGUUCAGGGCCAGCCUGGGCAAUGUGGUGAAGCUCUGCUUCCUAAAUAGGAAAGUGACAAAGGAGGUAGGGCUCUAACUCAGUGGUAGAACAUUUUGAACGUAGAAAGCUCUGUGUCCAGCCCCAGCACUGAGAAGGGGAGAGAAAAAGUGAAGGCAAAGCAGAUACUUCUUUGGGUUUAGUUUGAGAGCCCACGAUAGAUGGUUCUGAAGGGUGGGACUGAAGCCAACCCAGGUUUUAUCUGGCCUCUUGCACAGGCCAGUGAGGAAGCUGAGAAUCCUAGAUGAAGCCCUUGUCCCGCCCAAUGUCAGUCAUCUUCCUGGCACACUCUUACCCAGCUGGCCUUCCUGCUAGCCUGGGGUGCUGCACCCUCCUGGGACUCAAGAGGUUGUGUUGCAAGUUCUCCCUUUGAUAAGGUACAAAAGAUAGAUCCUCUUAUCUCUAGGCAGAGGGAGGCACUUUGCUCUGACUACUCAAUGGUCUCUCCAGGGCAGCAGCAUAAAGGUUGCCUUGUGAAAGAAAAGCGCCCCGUUAGCGCACUGGAGUAAAAUUCCAUUGCUGCCUCCUGGCUGCCAGCGUGUCCUCUUGGCUUCACCCAAUCCUUUCAACACCUCUAAUAAAUCUGUGAUGUCCUCACAGUAGGUUUCUCUGCCGGGGAUGACUUCUAUCUUGUGUUUUGUUGGUGUGUGGUUUUUCUUAUCUUUUCGUUCUUUUUUUUUGGGGGGGGGGGUUUCAAGACAGGGUUUCUCUGUGGCUUUGGAGCUUGUCCUGGAACUAGCUCUGUAGACCAGGCUGGUCUUGAACUCACAGAGAUCGGCCUGCCUCUGCCUCCCGAGUGCUGGGAUUAAAGGCAUGCACCACCAUCGCCCGGCUGGUGUGUGGUUUUUCUUCUUUUGGUUUUCCAAGAUGGGGUCCUCUGCUGUGUAUUUUUAUCAUGGGGCUUGAUCCUCAGACUGCGAGGUAGACAGAAGUUACGACCCUCAACUGGGUGCGGUGGCCCAUGGCCCUGGAAGGUGAGGGAAGAGGCAGGCAGAACUCAGAGUUCAAGGCCGACCUAGUCUAUAUAUUGAGUUCCAGGACUGCCAGGACUACAGAGACCCUAUCUUAAAAAACAAAACAAAAACGUUUCUUCACUCAGAAUGUAUUUUAUAUUCAGUGUUUACAUGUCAUUUACCAUGUACCAGGCAGUAUUAGGGAUUUCUCGUUAUUUGGGAUAAUUAGUUUUCACAGCAGUCUCAGGUAGUGUGUCCUAUUGUUACUUCUGUUUGGCAUGGGAGGCUAAAUAAUUUGAGUAAUGAUGCCCAGCAAGUACUUGGCGGAGUUGAUGCUCAGAACCAAGCAGGGCGACUCCGAAUUCCCUGCACUUAACCAUGAGCCAUACUGUCUUUAGGAGAAAGUCUGAGUGACCUCUGCUGGGCAUGUUAACAUCAUGAGAAGGACAUAAGGCUCAAGGCAAGCCAUGGGGGUUCAAGGAUGGGGAUGGGGGAUGGAGGAAAUCUUCAGGUGAUGAAAACCCCAAUGUGUCAGUUUCCCUUCUCCCCCCUUUAACAAAGUGCUGGUCUUGGUUUGUACUCGU